AUGCGCAACACAUCAAAUUUUAUUGAUGACAAUAGUUUAAGCAAUGAGUUUACAAAGAUUAUAACUCAAUUGCUUACAGAAGGAGAACUUGAGCUUGAUUCAGCUAAACUCAAGCUGAUUAAAUCCAGCUGUAAAGCAUCCAAUGCAAAUGUUGAAAUUGUAUUCAAAACAAUUGGACGAAUAAUGAACCGCAAACAUUCUCAGAUUCGAUAUGCAUGUGUCCAACUGACAGAUGUGUUAUUUAUGCGGUCAAGUCUUUUUCGAUCGUUGCAUAUGUCACAAAUACAAUCAUAUUUGUCUUUGUGUUUUGGAGGAAACAAAGGUGUUUUACCACCUCCGGUGGAAUGGGCAUUGAAAUUAAAGCAUUUGGCGGCAUCGUCUAUAUUUAAAUGGCAUUCAAGAUUUGGAUCGCUAUUCGGAGAGCUUGUUGUUGCUAUGCAAGUAGCCGAGCCAUUCCUACCUGAUAAUACAAAUAGAAACACUUUAGUUGAGGUGCCCGAGUCCUUGAGCGACAGUCAGCAUGCACGAACAAAACAAAUUCGACUAGAAAAAUACCUACGAAUGCGAGAUGACUUUCGCAAUGUAUCUUUUGGAGUUUUAGAGAAUCUUGAAAAUCUUAAACAUUGCCUAGAAAUCAUAGUUCCUAGUGUUGAGGAUAUAUUUUCUGGUGGAAAUGGCACUUGCAAUGUCUCGACAACAAUCAAAUCAACUGCCACAUCCAAAGAAUUUAUUCAAGCAUACGGUCUUGGAAAUAACACAUACUCUCUAGAUAUUACGAUCCCUAGUACAGAGUUUCCAGUAGAAACUGCUGAAAAUCAAGUCUUAUUUGAUACCCUUCGAGAAUGUACUGCGCUUAUAAACAACAAGCACCUUUCUUUGAUAUCUACGUGGAUCGAUACAAUCACUAAAGCAGAAGAUCCGGAUAAAAAAUCGCAUGAACUAUUUCUUAAAAAAGUGAUUGAUUUAAAAUUUUCUGUGUUGAAUGCGCUUGAAAAAGCUAAAGAUUUGCUCAAAUAUAGCAAAUCCCAGGUAGAUAACGAUCAUGUUGAAGAAUCGAGACAGGAGAAUAGUGACGACGAAGAAAUGUUUGAAGAAGUUCCCGAUCCAGAACUAUCAGAGGAAAGUAUCAAGCCAUCUAAUAGUCCAAUUCCUACAAUAGAUACUCAAAUGCUUGAACAGCCUAUUCAGCCUGUUGCGUCAGGUAGCGAAACUAAUCAGCCACAGAAUUGCUAUCAGGAUAACUCUGAAUUUCAAAAACUUUUGGCUUUAGCUCCUGAAGUUCCUUAUGAUAAUGAUUUGUAUUAUUGGGAUAAGCAGGACGUUUCGUUUUCAAGUAUAUCUUCAAAUGCUGGUCUUGACUUUCAUCAUCGAUUUUUAGGAGAUGGGCCAACAGAUCGAGUACUUUCCAAGGAUGCGCUGUCUUCUCUUCGCAAGCGCCAAAUGUAUCUCAUUGCUGAGGCCCCUAAAAAUAUUCCGGCAUGCAGAGCUCCACUUAGAACUGGAGCGCUGUGUCCACGUCGCGAUUUAGUUCGAUGCCCUGUUCAUGGAAAAAUCAUUCCUAGAGAUGAUACUGGGACACCGCUUGAUCCAACUGCAGAGCCAGAUCAGGGUCUUGCUUUGAGCACUACACAUUCUUCAACUGGACGCAGAUCUAAACGAGAUACAAGGCAUUCUGAACAACCGUUCAACAGACGUGCUCCUGCUUGGAAAAUAAUCGAACAAGAUGUUUCAGGAGCACUACGUCUUUCCUCGCGGCAAGCAAAACUCCGUGAAUCCAAACUGGUGGAUCUUACUAAAAAAACUAAUCCCAUCCAAAAACGAAUCUUGAAAAAAAUCAACAAACUUGACAAAAACUCAUCUGAUAGUCAUCCAGAGGAUGCCGAGUUACUUUCUAAAAUUCAAGAUAGAAAUCUUAAUCGUUGGUGA